AUGUACGCCAAGUCGCUAUGGAAGUUCAACAGGUUUGAGGUGACUAAGAUACAAUGGAAAGCGACAUGUGUGCCUGCGCUGACCUACUGCAACUCGGUCCUGACGGCAUCUGCGGAUACGCGCAAGAGGUUGGAAACAUCGCAGAGGGAAGCAGGCAAAUGGGCUCUAGGGCAACCCACCUUCAAUAUAGCCUAUGAGUUUAUUGAGGGAGAACUGGGAUGGGCUUCCUAUGAGAGCAGAGAAGCCAAAAGUAAAAUACUUUUCUUUGCUAGACUCGAGCGCAUGCCGAGCCACCGAUGGCCAAAAGCCAUCCUGGAGGCAAUGAAGACAUGCAACAUCUUCAGUGAGGCGUACAAAAGAAUGAAACACCUCAGCGGACUGUAUGAGUGCGAGUUCGAUGAACCGCAACAUGUGGAAUCUGAAGAACGUCACUGGAGAGCCUUCCGCAACGAUGUGAGCGACCGCAUCAGAACAUUCACUGACAGGGAAUGGAGGGAGAACAUGGAAACCAAACCGAGCCUGAAAAGAUACAGGCAACACAAAAUGAACAGGGGCACAAUUGAUCAUGUACAUAUAUGA